UCGGCCGGCCAGCCCCGGGGGACUGACGCGUCCUCAGACCCUCUCGCCAAGGCGGCUGUGCAGCGGCUGUGCGAGGCGACUGAAUCUGAGCUCGGGUUGCUGCCCAGCGCAGCCGCUCGCAGCCCGGAGCGCUGGGCCCGGGGGUCUCUGCAGCAUGUCGCUGCACUCCUGGGAGUGGGAGGACGAGGACAGGACCAGCACAGGGCCCCUGGUCUCCCCGGGCAGCUUUUAUCAGACCAGGAGUGAGUGUGAUGUGGAGGAGUGCCUGAAGGCCAGGGCGCAGGUGUCAGAUUCUGACCAUCAGUGCAGCAGCGUGGAGUCCUCAGACGGGCCUGCCAGCACCCCCAACUCUGACGUGCCCCAGGUCGUCCCCUGCCAAUUCGUCAUCUCAUUGGCCUUCCCAGCGCGUUUUGGUCAUAAAGGAAAAUAUACAAAUUUGAUGGAAAAAUAUAAGAAACAAUCUAAAAUGGACAAAGGUGCUGCAAAGUCUCGCCGUUUCUACCACAUUGAGUAUUUCCUUCUGCCGGAUGAUGCUGAGCCUAAGAGAGUUGACAUUGUGGUGUUUCCAGCGGUGGCCAAAGUGUUCUUGGACUCAGGAGUAAAGACCGUGAGGCCGUGGCAUGAAGGGGACAAAGUCUGGGUGUCAUGGGCCCAAACUUUUAACAUCAACAUGACAAAGGAAUUACUAAAGAAAAUAAAUUUUCACCAAAUAACGUUGAGGCUCUGGGACAGUAAGGACAAGAUUUCGAAAAAAGUUCGGUAUUAUCGACUAAAGGCUGCUGGGUACUCAGAAGAUGCAGCCUCUUUCGAGGAAGUGAGACAUUUGGUUUUAAAUCAAAGAAGCUUGUCUGAACAGGGCGUUCACAUCGAAGAGACGUGGAGCCAGGAGUUUGCACCAGGAAAACUAGAAAAAGCAGGAAAAUGCUUAAAGUCUCUGCAUGGUUUUCACCCAGGAGGGCCUGAAAGUUUUCCCAAGAACGCCGAGGGAUGUGAAAAGCUGCUCAAAACAGAAGAUCUGGCCACAGUUCAAUGGAGUACUUCAAGAGGACCGACUCUUCCUUUGGGAGUGGCAACUCUGAUGGAGAUGAAGGAAUUAAUUGAGAGAUCAUCAUUUAGCAGCUUACCAAACAUAUUAGAAAAGCAAAAAGUUCAAAUUAAACAGAAAGAACCGGAGGGGAGAAAAAAAGGCCACAAGGGAGGGAAGAAAUCUCAAGCAGAAGACGAAACUGAGCCCACGCAGGCAGGCCACUGGAAGCAAGAUGCCUUCUCCAUCCAGCUGGCACUCAUGCCGCUCCUUGCAGGACAGCAAACUGUUGUGAGUCGUGGCAGUGGGAAGUGUGCCAACAUUUUAGAUUGUCUUUUGACUUUAAAAACAGAAGUUCCUAUCAUGACUGAGGAGCAAAAGCAGGACUUGAACCCUCUGACCAUAACGAUCAAGUGUGCCUCCUGCCUUCCAUCACAACCUGUGCCCAUCCAUGAACUAGAGAGGCUGUGCAGCCCCGUGUACUGCAGGUACCAGUUCCAUAGGACUCCAAUCCACAAGACUCAGGGGCAGCCCCAUGGAGUCCACAUCUACUUCCAGGAUGUCAAUGUCAUCUUCCUUGGGGCGAUUCACCCCAGUGACCUGAGGGAAUACCUGGAGGGCCCCCCCAUGGUGGUGGAAGUUCACGACCGGGACCACAAGUCAGAGAAGUAUUCCCGGAAGCCCACCCUGUUUGGGGAGGACCCCCUGGAUUCAUACCUCAACCUCCAGUCUCUCAUCUCUCCAAAAGAGACAGAGAACAACCCCUUUGAAUCCCAAAAUAAGAUGUGGGACCCUUAUGGGGUUGCCCAGGUCAGUUUUGCUGACCUCCUUCUUGGCCACAAGUACUUGAACCUGGCCGUCCCCAUCCAAAACUGCCAGCCCAAGCCCACAGACUGUGGCGGCCGGGACAGCACGAGCAGGACGGUUGUGGGGUUCCGGGCUCCCAUAGACGGCCUCCAGCACGGCCCAAUGCCUACGGGCAACUACCUAGAGGCCAACUCCUCGCUCAAGCUGCGGGUGGAGAUCGCCGUGCCGCUGCGGGCCAGGGCCGAAGCCCCCGAUCCAGACCUCACAGGCAGCCGAUUUGGUCGGAUCAUUUUCGUGUUCGGCUCCAGGAAGAUCCUCCUGUACAGCCUGCUGCAGGACGUCGCCAUGAUCAAUGCCAAGGCCCUCGACCUGGACUCCUACCCUAUCCUGACCAUCCAGCAGAUCCUGUCAGGGUUUAAGAUGCGGGUGAGGAUCCAGGAGAAGCAGGACCUGGAUGUGCUCACAGGCUUCCACCUGCUGGAUGGCAAGAUCCACCUCCUCAUUCUGGAAGGCUUGGCUGACCGAGGCUUAAAGUGGCUGUGGGAGAGCCACCAGAGGCGAAUCACCGAGUCAGAGCAUGGGAGGUACAAGGUGCUCUACAGCUCCCAGCUGCUGUUCCGACGCCGCCUCUACGCAGACCUGGAGACCGUCCUGUACCACGUGCACCUCUUCAAGCCGCUGUCGCUGCUCAUGAAGCAGGCGUCACUCUACAUCCGCAACACCGUGCCGCAGACGGCCGUCCAGGCCCUGACCAGGAUCCACUGGAUCUGCUUUUACAGCACCAGGCUCAGGGAGGUGAUCACAAGAGACCUGCUGCCCUCCUCCGCCAUGAUCAAAGACUUGAGCCAAGAGUUUGGGUUGCCCCUUUCACAAGAAGAUCUCAGAGAUGGGAAACUGUUCGCUGUGCCACCUCAUCCUGCCCCCAAUCUCGAGGACUUACGAAGUCGGAAUUCCACCUUCACUGAUGAGAUCCAUGCCCACCAGGAGAAGUACCUGCAGUGGCGGAAUGCCAUGAUGCUGAAGAAAAGCCAGAAGCACAGCCUGAUCCAGAAAAACAUCAUGGCAGUGCACCAGGUCAGCAGCAAGCCUCCAAAGUCUGCAGUGAAGGUGAUUAGAAUUGCAGCCCCUGCCAAAGAUGCUGUCUAUAACUACAGUACUCAGACCCUGAGUUCCACAGAGUUUGCCAAGAAGGAGCUGUAUCGAAAGAUGGCCAAGGAACCAGGCAGGAGAUUCACGUAUUCACAGAAUUACCUCUCAGCCAUGGUGGAGCCUCAGGACUCAAAGGAAGACGAGAAGAGAGCCAAGAAGAAAUCCCAGCAAGCCUGGAUCACAGCCGAUGGGUUCCGAGUGACAGGUCUUCACAGCAGCACUGCAAGUGACUAUCACCUCAGGCUGCUGCCCACUGGCACCAUCACAGAGCUGCAUGAGGAGUGGAGGGAAAACGUACUGUUUGCUAAUACGCUGAGGCCUGUGCUCAAUCGAGAGAGGUGGAGCUGGGACAGGCGCCACCAGGACUUUGAUCUGUACAAGAAGCCACCACCUUUCCUCAAGCUGCCCCCUUCUCCAGCACUGACGCCUGUAACAGGUAACAGACGAGCCCUGUGCAAAGCUGGGCCUCCUGAAGCUGUCGGCAGGCAGGAGCUCUGAGCCGCUUUGUAGCUUCAGCAGUAGACAUUUUGUUAGGUCCAAACUUUCCCUGACACGAAAUCCAGAUUCCAGAUGGGCCCGGUAUAACAGACUGAAGGCUGGGCUCGAACUCAGGAGACCCGAUUCUAGUUCAACCUCUAACACUAACUUGCUGUGUGACUUUGGGCAGGUCCCAUCACUGCUCUGGGCCUGGUUUCUUAGCUGUAAAGUGGGGAAGUUGGAAGAUAAGUCUAAAGGCUUUCUGAGCGUCAACAUUGGGUUACCGACUGGCCUCUGGCCCAUCAGGCAACAGACGGGGGCAGAGGCUCCAGGUUCACUGGGACCUUCCAUCUCCUUCCAGCUAAAAGACACUGCCAGUUGUCCCUCUGUGGGGGAGGAAGGGAGUCUGAAAGCAUGGGUCUUGCCACACCAAUCCCCUCUGAGUGCUCCUCUCUUCCUCCUCAUCCCUCUGUUUAUGAAGAGGGACCACAAAAUCAUUCGUAGGUUGAUAAAGAACCCAAAUCUCUUGGUUAACAGAGCCAGAACCUUUGUUCGAGGAUAAAGAGAGAUGAGUUUAUUGGUAACAAAGUCUGCCAGAGAAUCCUUUCCCAGAAAGCUAGAUCAGAAAAACGAGAUGGAUUCCUUUCUCCCUUGACUCCCGACUCCAGAGGGCAGCUGGUAACAGCUCCAGGAAACAGGAGACGUGCUGACAAGCUGUGAAAUUUGUCUCUCCUCUUGCCCGGAACUUGCUGCCUCCCUUCAGGGCAGGCCCCAGGCUCAGGGUCAUUGCUGUAGUCCAGCCCAGGCCUGCUGCACUGGCCAGAGCGCUCCCGGCGGGCGCCCUACAGGCCUCAGCACAAGCUCCCUGGGUAUUUCAAGCAGCCUGUGCAUAUUGCUGAAACACUACACACACAUGCUGGGGCCUCCUGCCCACUGCAUGUGCAGCAAAAACUCAGACACGGCACAAGAGAAGGGGAGACUCAAACUGGUGGCCUCAGCCUUUCAAACUCAGCUGGACGGAGAGAAAACCUGCUGCUGAUGGGGCUUCCAUGCCAACAGGCCUACAGGGAAACCCCCUUUCCUGAGGGCUGCCUAGAAGGGCACGGGCCCCUCCCUAAGCUGUCACCUGCACAGGAGCUCCCCGCAGCCUCCUAUCCCCGGCACUGUGCAAGAGGAUACGUACUCCGCAUUCUGUGCAAAAUGCCUCCUUGCCAACAAAAUCUUUAAGAACUUUUGGUUUCACUGGGACGAUAUUUCCAAAGCCAUGGUAUCUGUAAACUUUUGCCUUUUGAAGAUUAGUUUCCAAAACCCUGGCAGAGUACUCUGGUCAGUCCCCCUAAGCCAGCUCAGCUGUCAGGGUCCUCAACCUUCUAUUUCUGUCAUCACAGCAGAUUGUGACUUGGAGGAAAAGAGCCUGGCCUCCCCGUCCCGCCUCAAGGCAAUGUCUAGAACGGGCUUUUUGGAGCCCCAAACCACCCAGGGAUCAGACCACAGCUUGAAGCCUGCCAGCAUGGGAGCCAGUGUAGCUAGCAAAUAACAGCAGACAAGAGCCUGGAGAAAUGAAGUCCUCUUAGUGCCACCUAAAGACACCUUCUUGUCCUCACUUCAAGAGUGGAGGCCAAUCCUUGUAAAGAAAACAAAGAGAAAAGCCCAGGCAGGAAUAAGCACAUGCUGCCAUACACCAGGCUGUGAGUUUUGCAGCCACCACCUGAGAGGGAUCAAAGACAGGGCUCAUGACCCCCACGGUUCUGUGGCCCUGGGCU